AUGAAGAUCUCGAACAACCCGCCGCAGCACCUGUCCAACUACGAGGUCCUCCAGCACUUCAUCGGCACCAAGAAGGACAACGACUUCCUCGAGGAGGCGGUCCGCAACCACACCAACCGCCAGGCCCUACUUGCGCGCGAACACCUCCCGCCAAAGAAGGGAGCGUAUGUCCCCGACGUCCCUGAUGUACCUGAUCUUGAUGAAGAGGGUUUGAAGAAGGAGGACGAGGGUGCCCGCCGCGGCAAGUCGGACGAGGCUAUCUGGAUCCAGGACGAGGUCAUCAAGUACCUGUGCGCCGACUUCAAUGUGACUGCCCGCCAGACGGCCGAGGGUGUGGCUCAGCUUGCGGAUGGACUUCAAGACUACGGCCUCACCAAGGCUGAGCUGCUCCAGGUCUGCAACCUCGGCCCAAGGAGCCAGGUCGGUCUCUAUCUCGUGAGUUGGUUGUUCUGUGUUGAAACUGACAAGCAGGUGCUUGAAGAUGCCGAGAAGCGGCUGCCUAUGCCCUACGAGGACACGAUGAACACGAUAGUCGAGAGCGUCAUCGCCCCCACCAUCCUCGACGAAGUCCCCGAGUCUCUGCUGCAGUUCGUUAAUACCGUCCAGCCUGCAGAGAUCGCCAACGCCGUCAUGAACGAGACGGCCGAGUACGCUGAGGACGAGGAGAUGUACCAGGAGGAAGAGUUUGUGCACGAGGCCGAGUGGGGAGCGGCCCGCGAGGGCGGCGUCGACGACGAGGAAGACAACACGAUGGACUAA